AUGACUGUUCAUUCCUGGAGACCCCUCGAGGUGGCUGUGGUGGGUGGCGGUAUCGGUGGCAUGGCCGUCGCCAUUGCCAUGCGUCAAGCCGGCCACCUUGUUACUAUCUACGAAAAGAAUGACUUUGCCGGAGAAGUUGGCGCCUCAGUCUCCUGUGCUGCUAACGGAACUCGUUGGCUUGAUAAGUGGGGUGUCAACAUUGCCAAGGGCGAUCCCGUUGUUCUAAAGAGCAUGAUCAGCCGUGACUGGAAGACCGGAGAAGUCAGGAACGAGUACAAGCUGGACGAUUACAAGGAACGUUGGGGCCAUGUCUACAACAUGUUUCACCGUCAGAAGAUGCAUACCAUGCUGUUGAGUACUGCCACGUCGCGAAAUGGCAACGGUGAGCCGGCCGAGCUGAAGGUACUUCAUAAGUGUGUCGCCAUCGACCUAGAAUCCAGCACCAUCACCUUUGAAAACGGUCUUAAUGCUCAACACGAUCUGAUUAUCGGGGCAGAUGGGAUUGGAUCAAUCGUUCGAGGAAUGGUUGGCAUUAACCCCGAGAAAACACCCUCGGAUCAAGCAUGUCUGCAUACAAAUGUGGAUGCCGAUGAAGCCGCCGAGCUUGGAUUGGUGGAUCUUUCGACAGCACAUGCCCUCCAGUACUGGGGAGGCCACGAAGGCAAGUGGGAUAAGAUUGUGCUUUCACCCUGCGACGGUGGCAAACUUCUCUCAUUUUACUGCUUCUUCGCCCGUGAUAAGAAUGACACCAACAAACAAGCGUGGGGCACUGAAGAUUUACCUGUUGACGUUCUGUUGAAGCACUUUCCGGAGCUUGAUCGUGGAGUUUUUGAUCACCUCGAAAUUGGCAAAGAAGUUCAGCCUUGGCGCCUCUGGAACCAUGAGCCAUACCCUUACCUUCACAAGAACAGUGUUUGUCUGUUGGGAGAUGCGGGACAUCCAAUGAUGCCCCACCAAAGCCAAGGUGCUUGCAUGGCAAUCGAGGAUGCAGCUGCGCUGGGAAUUAUCUUCAGCAGAGAUCACUUUGAUGGGGACAUUCAGAAAGGUCUCCAAGUCUACGAUCAAAUCCGCCUUCCUCGUGUCACCAGGGUGCAGAGCUGUGCCGCUAGAGCUGCAUUCAACAUUAACGAAAGAAUCGGAUUUUCUGCCAACGAAAAAACAGAAACCCACACGCUCGCGGGUCCUGAACAGACCCUUACUAUUGAAGAGAUGAACUUCUACGAUAUGUACAAGGACAUCGAGGAAAAGUUUUGUGACUUGAACGGCAAACCGUUCCUUCACCUCUACGCCAAUGGACUACCAGUCGGUCUGAAACUUCCCAAUGGGGUUGUAGUCACCGGCAAAGAUACCAAAAAAGCCGAGAUCCCCGAACAAGAGGUGCUUGAACGAUCACUCAACUAUGAUUGA